AUGAAUGAUCGGCCCCCUGCAACAUUGGCAUCAGUACCAGUAUCAGCGGAGCCGCUUCGAGAUAAUAACGCUCGCGUGCCUGAAUCGUUAUUGAAGAAUACUCUUGGUUUGCAGACUCACCAAUUCGCAAAAUAUAUUGGUGCAACGGAUGAGCACGACGUCUCACUCCUCAAUCUCAGGUUAUACGAUGAUGAUCUGAGUGAAACUACAGCAGAGAAUGUGGCUUUCCGCAAAGUAGGGUACUACGAAUUUUUUCGACAAUAUGCCGACAGUGAAUCGCCGAGCCAUGCUCACGAGAUUGAAGAUCUGGAUACCAUCCAGGCCAUCGUGCAUCCGCACGGGGAUGCAUUAGUGAAACUGUAUUUCCGGGUUGUUCAUCCUGCUUUUCCAAUUCUGCAUAAACGAGUCUUCUUGGAAAAGUAUGCCAGGAGUUAUCGCGAAUUCUCUCCCCCUCUGCUGAGCGCUAUAUAUCUCUUGGCGCUCAAUUGGUGGAACUUUGAGCCGUCGCUUGCAAAGUUACCUCGACCUAAUAGUGAUAGACUGCAAUCACUGGCGUACCGUUCACUUCAGGAAGUCGCGAGUCGAGCAAAGCUCUCUACUGUGCAAGCAGGAAUCCUCCUCUUACAACGAUCGACGCCAGAUUCUACAUGGCAACUGACAUCUCAACUAGUAGCUAUAGGACAAGACCUAGGCUUGCACCUGGAUUGUACACAUUGGCGCAUACCGACAUGGGAACGUGCUCUACGAAAGCGCCUUGCUUGGGCACUCUUCAUGCAGGAUACCUGGUCCGCCCUCAUCUAUGGCCGACCUCCUCACAUAACGCCGCACAAUUGGGCAGUGCAACCCAUUGUACCAGAAGACUACCCCGAAACCCCUGAGGAUGAGGCUGAGGAUGACGAAGGUGGCGAGGUUGAGAAAGGACGAAUGACUUACACUUCUAUGAUCACGCUUACCAAGUUAUUGUCUGAAGUGCUAGAUUCACUGUAUAGUCAAAAAGCAGAACUUGAGAUCCGACAGUCAUACGAUAGCACUAAAGCAGUUCUAGAACGGGCGAAGCCGAUUCAGCUGAAGUUGAGAGCGUUCUUCGCUGAUAUGCCUGACAAUCUGCGAAUGGAUUCAUGCCAGCCCGGAAAGGUGACAGCAGUUGGAUACUUACACCUGGCAUACUUUGCGACCGAGAUUACUCUUCACCGACGUGUCAUACGCUCCUUGUCGAAACAAACAGAUCCGUAUCUGAUCUCUAUCUGCCGCUCUGCAGCAAAAGCCAGACUGAUAUCAGCCCUAGAAUACUUCAAUCGCUUAAAACCAGAGCACCUACAAUCGUUCUGGUACUUCGCUUCCAAGUUCAACUUUGCGCUCAUUGGCACAUUCGCUGGUCUCUGCUUCGUCAGCUCUGCCAGUCCCGAGGAAGCACAAUUUUACCAAUUAAGAUUACAGGAAUACAGAUGGGUUUUGCGUAUAUCAAGGAAGAGCUCAGAAUUCUUGGAACUCGCUAGCGGCAUUCUUGAAAGUGCGGUUGGUGUGCUCCUCAGGAAUGCUGAUAGCUUAGACAGCACAAAGCUCGCCUUUCCAAUGUUGCAGCAAAGUGUGGAUGAUUCACCUCAAGGACCGAUGGAAGAAGAUGAACCAAGCCCUCAAAGAUUCGCUGCAGGGACUGGCACCGACGAUGCGUACUACGAUGACGUACGUAUGGAAACAUGA